CAGUGUGGACCCGGUGCCUCUUUUGUGAAGCGGCAGCUGAGGAGACUCCGGCGCUCGCCAUGGCGGAUGAGAAACCCAAGGAAGGAGUCAAGACUGAGAACAACUAUCAUAUUAAUUUGAAGGUGGCGGGGCAGGAUGGUUCUGUGGUGCAGUUUAAGAUUAAGAGGCAUACACCACUUAGUAAACUAAUGAAAGCCUAUUGUGAAGGACAGCUGGAAAUGGAGAUACGAUUUGAUGUGUUCCAGCAGCAGACAGGAGGUGUCUACUAAAAAGGGAACCUGCUA